AUGGCGUCUUCGCUCGGUGCGGCUUUCCGCUCCCUCUGGCACGAUCUGACCAGCUACGACCGACACUCUACCGUUGACUCUCCCCACCGAACCGGUCGACACGUUCCUCUGAACCGCCAGAGUGGCAUCCUCACCUCCGUCGCGACCGCCUCCGAGUCCCGUGCCGAUGUCUCCUCCCCCUUCACGGAAGACUACAACAGAUUCUCCCGCGAUAACAACUACCUAGGCGGUGGCAUGCCCUAUACCCCGACCAGCCCCAACCCUUCGGCGCCCUACUCUCCAGGCAUGAGGUCUCAAUCUGCCCGUCGCGAGAGCCGGGUGGAUGGCUUCGAGCUGCAAAGUCCAGGGGAUGUCCCCAUGCAGUCUUUCCAGGACGGUUCCCCUCCUCCGCCUCCAGUUUCCCAUUCGUGGAAGAAGAUCGACGCUUGGGCCGAAGAGCACUAUCCCGAGCUCUUUGAUCAGCUCUGCGAGGGCUGCACAGACAACGAUCUCAACGAGUUGGAGCAUCAACUGGACUGCUCCCUGCCCCUCGACGUGAGGGAAUCGUUAAUGAUUCAUGACGGCCAAGAACGACUGGGCUUGCCCACCGGCAUCAUUUUCGGCUCCAUGCUGCUUGACUGUGAGGAAAUGGUUCAGGAAUGGGAUCAAUGGCGCAAGGUCAACCAAGAGUUUCUCUCAGAAGCGGCCUACGCCAGGCCCGCCGCUCUGCCCAAGGCUCUCGGCAGCAGUAGCGAGGCCUCGUCUUCCAAGACACCGGCCUCGCCCGCUGCCGCGAACAACGGUUCGUGGCGCCAGGACCUCAUCGCUCGCCAGGAGAGCGUCCCUCCCAACGCCAUCCAGCGCUCUUACGCCCACCCGGCUUGGAUUCCUCUCGUGCGCGACUGGGGUGGAAACAACCUGGCUGUGGAUCUCGCUCCUGGCCCCAACGGAAUAUGGGGACAGAUUGUUCUCUUCGGCCGCGAUUACGAUACCAAGUACGUUAUUGCUCGAUCUUGGGCCCAUUUCCUUGCCACGGUUGCGGACGACCUCUCCAGUGGCAAGUGGUUCGUGGAUGAGGAGACCAACGAGCUCAAGUUACGGGAGUUUAAGGAGACGCGUGUUGAGCCUCCCUACUUCGGCAUUCUGCGAUGGCGCAUGGACCAGAAGUAUGGCCGUAGAGCCGCGAAGCGCAAGUCCGUCGUACCCUCCAACAAAGGCGGUUCUCCGGCAGGAUCUGGCGCCAACUCCCCGUACACGAGCCCGACGGCCGAGCCCAACGGCGAACAACGAGGAAGAUCGAUGCAGCGAUUGGGGGGCACCUCUCCGAUGGCCAGCCCCAUUCGCCCUGGCUACGGGAAGUCCAGCCCCCUCGCACGAGUGGCCGAGGAAUCCGCCCUACCGGAGCUGGAGACCAACGGCCUCAAGCAGCCCACGAAGCUCGUCGAAGUCGAAACUCCACGACCGAGCGAGGACAACGGCAAGGGUUCGCGCGUGUCGCUCUUGGCGCACGUUGAACCCGCCGAGGGCGAAGGCAAGGAGAACCAGAACCCCGUCAGCAACACAAACGGCAAGGCCAACGGGAAGCAGGCCGAGGUAUCGGAGGAGCCGAUGAAGGAAAUCGAGAUAUAA